GUGAAUAGGAGUAGACCAACAGAAGGUAAGCUUCGUGAUCCACCAACCAUCUAGUGACCCCCCUUCCCUUUCGUUUACAUUGCGCCUCUCCCCUUCUUCAACGAUCGCUUUGGUUGAAUCCAAAACAGAACAUCAUGGCGAUUGAUGGUGGUGAGCGCAACUGUGGAGUACAUGAGCUCAUCUGCGUCAGAAAAGUCUCUCCAGAGACGCUGGGGUUCCUGACGGCCAUCGGACUCUUCCUCAUUCUGAUGAUCAUCUUGUUCUUAUACCUCAACAACAAGCUAUCGCUUGAGAAUGCCGGGAGCCGGGCAUGCCUAGGCGAGUUCAGGAAAACCAAGGAGUUGCAAGAAAAGAUCUACCCUGACGGUGACCUGAAGGAUUCGUCAUCAGACAGCGAGGAUGAGGUGAUGGGCCAGUACCAAGAAGCAGUCAACCGUUCGCAGGGUCUCCGAGGCGGGGCUAGCGGCAGCCAGUCGAAUGGCUACGGCUGGGAGAUGAGGCAGAAGUACAGCCCCCAAUUAGCCGAGUAUGACGGCUACAGCAGCGAGGCCUCGGCAGAGGACGCGAACUGCAUCCAGAGGAUGAGGCGAACGCCCCCGCUGGAUGAGCUUCAACCACCACCGUAUCAGGAUGAGGACGGCUCCCCGCGGAUGUCCUACACACCAUCAGACCUGGGCGAUGCCAAGUGCAACCUGUCCCAAAACAGCGACAGUCCCCAUCACUCCUACGGCAAGUGUCCGAGCGAGGCCAGCAAUGGACAGGAGACAGAGAGUUACCUAAACAAGGGGUAUGAGGAGGACGUACCCAGCGACAGCACAGCUGUGCUCAGCCCAGAGAAGCCCUUAUACAGGUCAUGGUACAAGAGCAACGAUAAACUACGUCAAAAACAUAAGAACAUGUCAGCCCGGGGGUCAGCCUCUCAGCUCCCCAAGGGCUACGAACCGGAACCCCUGGCCAAAUAUGGCACCCUGGACGUGGUGUUCGACUACGACUCCCAGGACCAGCGGCUGGCGGUGACGGUCACGGCCGCAACAGACAUCCCGGCCCUCAAGCGUACCGGCAACGUUGCCUGGCAGGUACAUCUGGUGCUGCUGCCCACAAAAAAGCAGAGGGCGAAGACGUGCAUCCAGAAAGGGCCCUGCCCGGUCUUCACAGAGACCUUCCGCUUCAGUCACGUGGAGUCCGAGAUGAUCGGCAACUACUCCAUUCGAUUCCGUCUCUACAGCGUGCGGCGGAUGAAGAAAGAGAAGGUGCUGGGAGAGAAGGUGUUCUACCUCACCAAGCUCAACCUGCAGGGCAAGAUGUCGGUGCCGGUCAUACUGGACCCCUGCUGUGCCUUCCCUCAGGGCGGUGAAUCCCAGGCUAGUAUAUCGGAGAUGUCCUGCAGCGAAAGUGCCUCUUCAUUCCAGUCAGCCAGCCAAGGCUCCACACCAGAGAUCUUGGUAGGGCUCGUCUACAAUGCCACCACGGGCCGUCUCUCAGUGGAGAUCAUCAAAGGCAGUCACUUCAAAAAUCUGGCUGCCAACAAGCCACCCAGUUGCCCUCUUCCAGCUGUCAGACGUGACGCUCAUCCUCUCCGUGUACAACAAGCGCAGCAUGAAGCGCAGGGAGAUGAUCGGUUGGAUCUCGCUAGGCCUCAACAGCUCUGGAGAGGAGGAACUCACUCACUGGACCCAGAUGAAAGAGUCCAGAGGGCAGCAGGUCUGCCGGUGGCACAGUCUGUUGGAAUCAUAGACCGACAGAAUACAGGAGGAAGCAAAGGUGGCCGAGAAGAAGGAAGAGAGGGAAUGGGGAACAGGGGCAGGGUUAAGCCCAUAGGUGUCUCUGCUCAGGUGAAACAUUCUUUAUGUGGACUGGGUUGAUGGGUUGGGCAUGGUAGGUGGUGUUAUGUGGUCUAGGCUAUGGCAAAUGACUUGACAGUGUUACUUAAUAUGCCAGAUUUCUUUCAAUCGUCUUUGAUUAGGAUGAACACUUGUCAAAGCUGAUACGAAAUUCCCUGCAGGGUCCUAGCAUCUUGUCAUGGUUGCAGCACAUUUACAAUUUGACACACUUGGGACACAUUGGGUGACAUUUUUACAGUGCAAAAUCUGUGCUGUAAUUGAAAGAGACCAUGUUACUUCAAGUACUUACUGCUCCAUCUAUUGUUUCCACAUGUAUUUGGGAAGCAAAGAUAGAUACAGUAUGUAUUCGCAUAUCUGCACUGUUUAAUGCUAAACCUGGGUGAUUCAUCGAUUCUCUCACGUAGUUGUACAAUGAGAGGAAUAUGAAUAUAUUCUGUUUUGACAAUAGCAGUGCUCUUUCGUACUUACAGUGCAUUCGGAAAGUAUUCAGACCCAUUGACUUUUUUCACAUUUUGUUACAUUACAACCUUAUUCUAAAAUGUAUUACAUUUAUAAAAAAAAUCCUCAUCAAUCUAUAUAAAAUAUUCCAUAAUGACAAAGCAAAAACAGGUUUUUAGAAAUAUUUGCAAAUGUAUUAAAAAUUAAAAACAGAAAUAACUACAACUUGAUUGGAGUCCUCCUGUGGUAAAUUCAAUUGAUUGGACAUGAUUUGGAAAGGCACACACCUGUCUAUAUAGGUCUCACAGUUGACAGUGCAUGUCAGAGCAAAAAAAAAGCCAUAAGGUCCAAGGAAUUGUCCAUAGAGUUCCGAGACAGGAUUGUGUCGAGGCACAGAUCUGGGAAAGGCUACCAAAAAAUGUCUGCUGCAUUGAAGGUUCCCAAGAACACAGUGGCAUCCAUCGUUCUUAAAAGGAAGAAGUUUGGAACCACCAAGACACUUCCUAGAGUUGGCCGCCCAGCCAAACUAAGCAAUUGGUCAGGGAGGUGACCAAGAACCCGAUGGUCACUCUGACAGAGCUCCAAAGUUCCUCUGUGGAGAUGGGAGAACCUUCCAGAAGGACAACCAUCUCUGCAGUACUCCACCAAUCAGGCCUUUAUGGUAGAGUGGCCAGACGGAAGCCACUCCUCAGUAAAAAGGCACAAUGGAGUUUGCCAAAAGACACCUAAAGACUCUCAGAUCAUGAGAAACAAGAUUAUUUGGUCUGAUGAAACAAAGACUGAACUCUUUGGCUUGAAUGCCAAGCUGCACGUCUGGAGGAAACCUGGCACCAUCCAUAAGGUGAAGCGUGGUGGAGGCAGCAUCAUGCUGUGGGGAUGUUUUUCCAGUGGCAGUGAGUGGGAGACUAGUCAGGAUCGAGGGAAAGAUGAACAGAGCAAAGUACAGAGAGAUCCUUGAUGAAAACCUGCCCCAGAGCACUCAGGACCUCAGACUGGGGUGAAUGUUCACCUUCCAACAGGACAACAACCCAAAGCACACAGCCAAGAAAACGCAGGAGUGGCUUCAAGUCUCUGAAUGUCCUUGAGUGGCCCAGCCACUCAGGAGUCUGGACUUGAACCAGAUCAAACAUCUCUGGAGAGAUCUGAAAAUAACAGUGCAGCGUCACUCCCCAUCCACCCUGACAGAGCAUGAGAGGAUCUGCACAGAAUAAUUGGAGAAACUCCCCAAAUACAGGUGUGCCAAGUUUUAGUGUCACACCCAAGAAGACUCUAAGCUGCUUUCGAUGCCAAAGGUGCUUCAACAAAUUACUGAGUCUAAAUACUUAUGUAAAUGUGAUAUUUCAGUUUUGUAUUUUUUAUACAUUUGCAAACAUUUCGAAAGACCUCUUUUUGCUUUGUCAUUAUGGGGUAUUGCGUGUAGACAGUAAAAACAUCAAUUGAAUCAAUUUUAGAGUAAGGCUGUAACGUAACAAAAUGUGUAAAAAGUCUAGUGGUCUGAAAACGUUCCCGAAUGCACUGUAAAAAGGGAAUAGUGUGUUUUGAGUUGUGAGCUUGCAUUCUGACAUCAAGAACAGAUCUUGAAUUGUGAUGGCAUUUGCAACCAUGAAAACCCUUUAAAAUUGCAAAUAGUUGCACAUCAUACAUGUUUUUUUAUAUUUCAUCAAAUAUCAAAUAUAUCAAAUAUAUAUCAUCAAAUAUCAUCAAAUAUAAUGCAAGUCCUUUAUAUUGCAGAACUUUAUGUUUAUGCAUUGUUUAUAGUACAUAGGGCAAGCAAAUUGGCUUCUCCCAGCAGUGACCUGGUAGAGUUGUAGUGUCAUGUUGUGGGGAUUUACAGAUAGCGAUCAAUUAUUACUCUAGAAAGUACACAAAAUUAUUUAACAUAUUGUAUAGAUAUUUAAAAACAAGGAGGUUAUUAAAAUACCUUUAUUAUUAUGAAUAACAAAUACGGUCUGUCCCUAAGGUUAUGCUAUUGGUGUUAUUCCUUGAAAAUCGAUCAUUACAAAGAUAUACAAGGACUUUGAGCAUUCCCUGCUAAUCACAACCUUCUAGUAUGUCUAAAUACAAAGUGCCAUUGGUGUUACUCAAUUCAAAUGAAAGUAACUUACAUUGUAAGCUAAAUUUAAUCAUAUCACUUUACUAAAUUGUCCCAAUGUAUUCAUAAUUAGUCAAUAUUAUUUAAAGUAAUUAAGCUGCCAAAUUAGUUGAUCUAGAAUGUGAAGAUGUACCAGAAUGCAUAAAAAAUGAAGUAUAUUUUCUUUCACAAUGCCAUGCCCAAAUGCCACCAGAAUUCAUGAAUGGCCCAGAUACAGAGAACUAGUUUGUCUAGUUUCAAGUUUUAAUGUCACAUGCAAGUUCUAACCCCAACAAUGCAGUAAUCAAUAACAAUGUAAUACAAAAAAUAACAAGCACACGAGUAAAAUAACAAAUAAGAAGAACACGAUAAAGCAACAUGCAGGAUAUUGUCGGGAACUGGAACAUGCUGUUUGUCAUGUCGAUUUAGAGCAUCCCAAACAUGCUCAAUGUCUGGUGAGUAUGCAAGCCAUGAAAGAACUGGGACAUUUUCAGCUCCCAGGAAUUGUGUACAGAUCCUUGUGACAUGGGGUGUUGCGUUAUCAUGCUGAAACAUGAUGGCGUGAUGGUGGCAAAUGAAUGGCACAACAAUGGGCCCCUGGAUCUCGAAAACGGUAUCUCUGUACAUUCAAAUUGCCAUCGAUAAAAUUCAAUUGUGUUCGUUGUCCGUAGGUUAUGCCUGGUCAUACCAUAACCCCACCGCCACCAUGGAACACUCUGUUCACAACAUUGAUAUCAGCAAGCCGCUAGCAGACAUGGCGCCAUACACAUGGUCUGCGGUUGUGAAGCCGGUUUGACAUACUACCAAAUUCUCUAAAACAACGUUUCAGGUGGCAUAUGGUAGAGAAAUGAACAUCAAAUUCUCUGGCAACUGCUCUGGUGGAUAUUCCUGCACUCAGCAUGCCAAUUGCAAACUCCCUCAAAAUUGAGACACUUAUGGCAUUGUGUUGUGUGACAAAACUGCAUAUUUUAAAGUGGCCUUUUAUUUCCCUAUGUAAUGAUCGUGCUGUUUAAUCAGCUUCUUGAUAUGCCACACCUGUCAGGUGGAUGGAUUAUCUUGGCAAAGGAUAAAUGCUUACUAACAGGGAUGUAAACAAAUGUGUGCACACAAUUUGAGCGAAAUAAGCUUUUUGUGUGUAUUUAACGUUUCUGCGAUCUUUGAUUUGAGCUCAUGAAACGUGGGACCAACUAUACACAGGUUCACUUUGAGUCAAGACCAACAUACAGCUGGCUAAUUCUCUGCAAGUGUGGCAACUUGUUUAGAAAAACUGCAUGAUGUCUGAUGAUUUUUGACUAGCGCUUGCCUAGUCCCUUUUCCAGAGUGAAAUAUCUGAUCCAAAUAUGCCUAUAUAAACAUGUUUAUAAAUAGGAUAACAGACUAAAACCGGUACAGAUACAACAGCCAACAUAAUGAGAGGCGAGAUUAGAAAAACUAGCCCGUUUUAAAAUGUUGUGUUGUAGAACAGCAGACUAAAGAUGGGGCAUUCAGGUAAAAAAAUACAAGAGACCGUUAACGGUUAAGACCGUUUCCACGGUAACGUUCCCUCUUUACAAUGACGUAAAAAAAGUAUGAAACAAAAUUGCCAUUUGUUGUAGCAAGGUGCUGUAACAAACGAGUAUCAUGAUAUACAUGACCAGAAACAGGGCCCACUUUGAGACUAGGCAAACUGAUUGCAGCAAAAUAGCUAGCUAGCUGUCUGCUUGGCUAACUAGCUAGCUGCUUGGCUAAACACAUAACUUCAGCACACUGUUCUCUGAUUGGCUAAAAAGACCCGUCUCAUCUCAAGUCUUUAGCCACGGUUUGACAUGUUGAACCUUGGAAACUCCAGAAGUCGACUUGAGAUGUUCUAAAACUAGACUGCUCAGAUCAAGAAAACAUUGCUUUAAAACAGCAUAAAACCGUCUCGUCUAAGCUGUUGUACCUGUACCGGGCUUAACAAUGGUAAAAUAGGAAACUGUCUUGAUGAGUGAAUGGUCUAAGCCAGGGCUCUCCAACCCUGUUCCUGGAGAACUACCCUCUUGUAGGUUUUCAAUCCAACCCCAGUUGUAACUAACCUGAUUCAGAUUAUCAACCAGUUAGUUAUUAGAAUCAGGGUUGGAGCGAAAACCUGCAGAACCUUGCGCUAAGCUAAGUGACUGUACUCUCGCAUACCAAUCUGACUGGUUGGUCUAAACUUUUAAGCAUUGCUUGUUCCUCACAAUGACAUUACUGGCCUAAUGUCAGUGGGGAGUUAGAGUUAGAAAGGUGGGAUGUUUUGAUCCAGAUUUAAUUGCACAUGUCCUAAUUGGAAGUGCUUGGAGAAUAGCACUCCUGAUGUGUGUUGUCACAUAACCAAGAAAGUGACGCCGUGAGUGCACAAUACUAGUAGGAGAUAUUUGAGCUUCUACUUGUAUAACAAUAGCAAACUGGAGUUGUGAAGAAUUGAUGGUGGUCAAUCAAGCAGGUGCAAGUAACACACGUGCCCUUCACCUAAGCAAGUUCUUCACAAAACCGAGUGAAUUCGGAGCCUUCGUUUAACGAUGACGGACAGGGAUCUUCCGCAGCCUUAUCGAAUGAUACGUGUCACUCGGUUCUUUGUGCCUGCAUUCAGGUCGCUUCAACGUUCAGCUGCGUUGCGUGACGGAUUGUACUGAACGACAUGUUUCCCUAGAAUGGCGUGCACUGUUCUUCAACAGUUUUCGAGGUACGUUUGCUCCCGUUUGGUGGGUGUGGCGAGGUGUGGUCCGAUCACUAUGGGUGUGACCAGUGCCAGGCACAGCUGUCUAAGUCACUGCGUCGCAGUGUUGAGGCGCCAUUACACCCUGUGGGUUGAUCCCAGGCUGUGUCACAGCCAGGCCGUGACCGGGAGACCCAUAGUGCCCGCACAAUUGGCUCAGCGUCGUCUGGGUUAGGGGAGGCUUUGGCCAGAGGGAUUUCUUUAGCUCAUUGCACUCUUGCAACUCCUUGUUGCGGGCUUUGCGCCUGCAAGCUGACUUCGGUUGUCAGUUGAGCAAUGUUUCCUCCAACACAUAGGUGAGGCUGGCUUACUGGUUAAGACAGCAGUGUUUUAAGAAGCAGCGCUUGGCGGGUCAUGUUUCGGAGUAUGCAUGACUCGACCUUCACCUCUACCGAGCUCGUUGAGGAGUUGCAGCGAUGAGACAAGAUCGUAACUACCAGUUGGAUAUCAUGAAAAAUGGGGUCAAAUUACAAUUUAAAUAAAAAUAUGGGUGUGACCAUUUGAUAUCACAAACCUAUAUACAGUAAUCACCCUCUGGGCCACCAUAAUCUCAACGCUUUUCAACUGGUUGUUCAGUACCGUUUCAGUUGAAUUCAACAUUGCACACCGUUGUCUGUCUAAUAUAGCAUUGUCGCUCAUCUGUUAUUUAUCUUUUCCCUGACCCCUGGUGCUGUGGUGGCACAACAAGAAUCCCAUUCACUUGCCGUACACUCUAGGUUUCUCCUUUCUCCUAAAGCGCACAGUUGUUUACUACUUCUGACAAAUAUAAAAGCAUUGGAUUGGUGGAGACAUGGGCUAGUGGGAGUUUCCACCAUAUGUCUUAUACGAGUCAUUUCCUUUCAAAUCAUUGAAGGGAAGUGAACGAGUGCACACUUUGGGAGGAGAGAUAAUUGGGCCAUAGCUCUUGUUCUACCCGUUAUUGAUCCCCCUGUUAGUGUAGGAUCCAUUCAAAGGCCAAUGGAGUCCAGUGAGCUUUCUUGUAGGGGUAAAGGACAAAUGGAGCACAUACACAACUCUCACGCAACGUUACAGUGCCAAAAUUUGCAAAAAGCAUAUAACUCAAAGGAAAAGUAAAACUUAGUAAAGGAGACAAAAGAAACUACCGGUCACUCCGGACAGAAUUAAAUCAUUGUGCAUUACAUUUCAAAGUGCACAACUAGUAUGGCUGGUACGUGGUUGUUUUUUUUUUCUGUGGAGUAUCACAAAUCCUCUAUAUGUUCCACUACUUAACUGUUCUAUUUGACUAUAGCAAAGAUACUUCUCACUUCUUGAUUGUUACAUCCUGUAUACAAUAAAUGUAAAAAAUUAAAAUUAAAAAAAAGAUCUAUUUUUGUAUUGAUAGUGGGAAAUAGCUCGGUGAGAAGUUGUUUUUAGUCACAUACGUUGUUCAAACAAUUUAGUUGAUUUAUUUCUUUAUAUAUGGAUAAAUAAUUUAAACAGUUGAACAGUAGAGCAAAGCAACACACUUUUCUUGUUGUCAAAAUAAGAUGCGGUAGGGAAUUGAAUAAUACAAAUAAAAAACGAAACGUAUGGGGGGGGGGGGAAUGUUGUCGCUAACUGUGAUGUUGUCUCUAAGUGCUGUUGUCAGCAUUACUUAGAGUAGCAAUGUGUAUUUCUUGUACAGUUCUAUAGCUUGUAACCCCUAUCGCCCCCCCCCCCCCC